CGACGGAUUGUAAGAAGAAGAGGUUCACGACGGGGGUGAGUAUGGCGAAGGUGGAGGAGAGGGUGACGGAGAUCGGAGGAGAAUUGGGGUACAGAGUGGAGAAAGGGAAGAGUGGCGCCAUUGGAUUGGGGAAGGGGAGGAUGAUUUUGUUCAUGGAAAUUGUGCAGAUUACAACAAAUCUGUUGAUGGUGGAGGUGAAGGUAGCUGAAUCGAAGAUGGAGUUUGAGAGGACGCAUUGGGGAGAUUUGAAAGCCAAGUUGCAGGACAUUGUUGUUUCUUGGCACACCAAUGAGGCUAUGUGAUAACAUAACACAGGGAUUUUCUGAUUCUUUUUGGAAUGGUUUUUCRGGGCGGGCGGCCGAGCCAUGCCGGGGCUUGGCCGUGUUCGGGGGAGUUGUUUAACUUGUUUAUAUGUUUGUGAAUUUUAGCUGACUGAGGGACAGGAAGAACAUGGAUUCUUUUCUAUGUACAUUGAGAAAUUCAAUUCUAAGACUGCACUUUCUGAAUAUAAUUCUUCAGGGUUUGUUUUU